CCACCCCUUCUCAUUAUGUUACAAUAUCCACAGGGAAGAGGCAGCAAAGGGAAAAGCAGCCUGCUUUUCCUCCAGCUGGAUCAAAAGCUACAGAGGGAAUCAUCUGCUUGGACCUACAGCUGCUGUUUUAUCCGUAUGCUUAGAUGAGUUACUGAAGGCAGGAUGGCCAACUCUGGACUGGAGAUUGCGGCUCUUUUAUUGUCCCUGAUAGGACUCAUUGGGGCAGCCGCAAGCAACGGGAUGCCAAUGUGGAAGGUUACGGCCUUCAUUGGGGAGAAUAUUAUAGUCAUGGAGACUCGAUAUGAGGGCUUGUGGAUGAACUGCUUCCGGCAGGCUAACAUAAGAAUGCAGUGUAAAGUGUACGACUCCCUCCUGGCUCUCCCUCCGGAACUCCAGGCCUCCAGAGGGCUGAUGUGUGCCGCGGUGGCGCUGGCUGGCGUCGGUCUGCUCGUCAGCUUGAUCGGGAUGCAGUGCACGUCGUGCAUCGUCAACAACGACCGAGCUAAGCGAGUGGUCCUGAUCAUUGCAGGAUGCAUAAUAUUGAUGGGCUCCAUCUGCACCCUCAUUCCUGUGUCCUGGACGGGCAACGUCAUCAUCAGGGACUUCUACAACCCCCUGCUGAUCGAUGCCCAACGCAGAGAGCUCGGAGAAGCUCUCUACAUCGGAUGGGUGGCAGCGGCCUUCCUGUUUGCUGGAGGAUGCAUAUUUUUCUGUUGCAACAUCCAGUCAGAAGACAAAGGGCCAGAUAAGUACAUGUACCCCAGGAACUAUGACUACAGGGCUUACACCCCUCAGCCCAUGCACCCCCAGCAGCCCAUGCAGCCUCAACAGCUGGUGCUCAUCCCUCGAUCCGAACCUCAACCAAUGCUCUCAAGACAUCCAUCUACCAUCUACAGCUAUCCUUCUGUACACAGCGGAGUUGCUUAUCUGUGAUUUCUUAAAAGAUACGUGUUUGAUAAGCAACAAUAUGACUUCUUUUUCAUUAUGGACUGGUACAACAAUGCUAUCUUCCUUUUCAGGUAAAAAUUCCAACUCAUCUACUUGAUCUGACGACAGCCCACAUAGAACUGGGCUGGAUUCAUUUUCUAUCAAACUGAAGUAAACCUGCACUUUUCAGCCUCUUCGUGGGUUAUGAUUAUCAUUUCAACAAAAACGUCCAUCAGAUUAAGAAGCAAAAGUCUAAUAUUUACUGCGACCGUUUCAUCUGUUUUCAUUUACUCCAAAUGACGUGUUGCUUUAUUUGCUGUGUUCCAUCGAGUCAUGCAUUUGUCUUCAUAUUUAGAUUUUUAUCUUUACCAGAAGUGCCAGGCUCAUCCAGUAUUAGAAAGGAAACUGAAGGGCAGCAGUGUCAUGUUGAUUUUGGAGCAUGAAUGUUAACCUGGUGCCUGAGUUGAUUACAUUGAACUGUUUCGGUCUUAUUUUCAAAAACUUUGAUUUGUGAAUCCUGAUUUUAGCGAGGCAUUACAUCCCAGAACUGAUGAAAGGAGGGAACGUCAGUAAAUGUGAAAUACUUGAACUGCUUGCUAAGGGUGUGGUCCCAAAACAAACGUAGCUAAAAGUACCGUGACGAUGGACAAAUAGGAUCAUAUGAUCCUUGCUGACUUAUGAGCUGAUACCUGGAUCAAAUGUUUUAAAAUGUCCCAUCAUUUCACUUUUAGACAUUUCAAAAUGAACCUAAACUGACAAACCAUGAACGUCACAAUGUUAAAAGCAACACGAAACAAGAAGGUUUUAGAAGUUUUUUUUUUUUGGUCUUUCAUGACCGACAUCUCAGUGAUGUAAUGGAGAUGGCGUCUGCAUCAUCACAUUUAUGUUUACAACAAAGUCAACAUUAAACUCUUUAUACAACACGUAAACCCUAAAUAGGAACCCAUCCUCAGUAAAAACUAAUUGCUGGUUCUUACUGGUUUGUUGAUGGAAUUGCUUUUCCACUCUAUUCCCCUAAAGCUCGUCCCUGCUCCCAUGUGGACACUGCAGAAACUGUCAAGGCUGUGCAGCCCUUCGGGGCCUGUGUACACCAGAUUUCUUGUAUAUUUACAACAAAUAAACACGUGGAGGUCAUUUAAAA